AUGGGAUAGUAAAAUUCAAAUGCAAAACUCAGUUAAAAUAUCUUAGUUUUUGGAGUCAAUAUGUUACUAGAUGAGAAGCUUUUGGGUUCUGAGUGGUAAAAAGAUUAAAUUAAUUCUUGUUAGGAUUUUACCUUGUACAAAAAUAUUAGCGAGAAACCUAAUUAACUAUUAUGGUGUCCAAAAAGGAGUGAAAUAAUACAAAAAUCAAUUGAAUCUAUAAUAUUAAAUAUUGAAUUUGAAGGUGUUUUGUAUGUUUUUGAACAAACUCAAGAUCAUAAGGUCUUGAAUGAACAUCGAAAAUUGAUAAAGUGGUUAAUGAGUGAAGAUUCUAUGAGAUAAUGCUCAAUGAUUCUAUUGUGUGUGUCUAAGUCAAGUGAUUUAGCAAUCAAUAUUAAAUCGCAAAUAGAAAUAGAACUAGAUCUGGAAUCUAUGGAUUCUAAAUAAGCGAGAAACUUGAUCAUAAAAUAACAAGAUAAAGAAAGUACUCUAUAAUUUAAAAAGAUUAUAUCAUAAUUGAUUAAAAUGAAGAAUGAAUCAUGA